AGGAUCAGCCCCCAGUUUGUCUCAGUACUAGGUACCAUGCAGAUCCAAGCACAAGGGUACAAACCACCCAGGACCAGGCAGGUCAGCCCCAUGCAUAACUAACUCCUGAAGCUUCAGCUAAAGCCUUGAGGCCGCUUUUUAUCUGCACAACCAAACAGUAGGCAAGGAAAAAUCGUAUCAGCAAAUCACAAUGUUAUCAGAUUCUGCCCUGAUCAAAGAGAGGAAAGAACAAGCAUCAGCCAUUAUGGAUGAAAUACACAGCAAUGCCUCACCCACCUUAAACCUGGGGAAAAAGGUCAGCACGCCCAGAGAUAUCAUGGUAGAGGAACUCUCAACACUCAGCAACAGAGGGGCCAGACUCUUCAAGAGGCGCCAGCGGAGAUCUGAUAAAUACACAUAUGAAAAUUAUCAUUACGUAGCAAACAAGCCAAGAAAUCGUGGGGAGCCCAUCCCGAGCGUGAGAAUGGACGGCCUCAGUGUGGAAGGAAUUCCCCAGCACGCCCCAAUGACACCUCCCAACACCCCCGACCCCCGGAGCCCACCACACCCUGACAACAUUGCCCCAGGAUAUUCUGGACCACUGAAAGAAAUUCCUCCUGAAAAGUUCAACACUACUGCUGUGCCCAAGUAUUAUCAGUCUCCCUGGAUAGAAGCCAUUAGAGAUGAUCCAGAGCUGCUGGAAGCUUUAUAUCCUAAACUUUUUACACCGGAAGCAAAGCCAGAACUGCCUGACUACAGGAGCUUUAACAGUGUCUAUUUAGCCACCACUGGUGGUGUCUUCACCAUCGUUACGAUUCUGCCUGCCAAACGUGGGGAGCCCAUCCCGAGCGUGAGAAUGGACGGCCUCAGUGUGGAAGGAAUUCCCCAGCACGCCCCAAUGACACCUCCCAACACCCCCGACCCCCGGAGCCCACCACACCCUGACAACAUUGCCCCAGGAUAUUCUGGACCACUGAAAGAAAUUCCUCCUGAAAAGUUCAACACUACUGCUGUGCCCAAGUAUUAUCAGUCUCCCUGGAUAGAAGCCAUUAGAGAUGAUCCAGAGCUGCUGGAAGCUUUAUAUCCUAAACUUUUUACACCGGAAGCAAAGCCAGAACUGCCUGACUACAGGAGCUUUAACAGAGUUGCCACUCCCUUUGGUGGUUUUGAGAGAGCAUCAAAGCUGGUUAAAUUCAAGGUACCAGAUUAUAACCUACUGAUGCUAAACGACCCCAGAUUCAUGAUCCUUGCAAACCCUCUCGCUGCCAGAAGGUCCUUCAACAGGACUCCCAAAGGAUGGACGUCCGAGAACAUCCCUGUCGUGUUCAUCCAGCCCGCAGAGCCCAACCCCGUUCCAGAAACAGAGGACCUGUGAGAGAGCCUGCAUUCUACAUCCUACAAAAUGCUGGAAGCUGCACAUCCAUGUAUUUUUGGUCCAAAUAUUACUGAAGGCUACUGACAAAUUUUUUCCCUGGCAGCUGGAGUAUUAAGCAAUAAUGUCUGAUGCAGUGUCUCUUUUCUGGCACCAAGUUUCAGCUGUAAACACGAUAUAAAUAAAGUCAUUUGGAAAAUAUGACA